ACUAAAUCAAUGUGACGGCGAGUUAAAUUCAACAUGUUGACUUAAUAGUCUAUCGAUUCUCGCAUUAUCGUCUUUAAAACAUAAUUACUCAAACGCGAAUGCGUCACCGAAGCAUUAUCUUGGAAUCAUUUAUAGUACAAGUGUACGACCACGUUGUUAGUGAAUCUCAGAAUCCACAGCGUAUAUUCCAUUCCUCAGCAAGAUGUCAACUGGAAACUGUGCAUUACGAAAAAUCAACGUCGGAAUUUUGUCCGCAUGCAUUAUUGGUUUGGGAUUAUCAUACUACGCGUACGUCGUAGAAACUAAAAAGGAACAGGAUGAUUCGUACGAAGCAAUGUGCGACAUUUCAGAGCAUAUCAGCUGUACCAAAGUGUUUAUAACCGAAUAUGGCAAAGGAUUUGGACUAUUGCCAAAAAAUUCCGUAUUUAACAUCCCAAAUCCAUUAUAUGGUUUAGCAUUUUAUACUCUGGUUGCAGUUUUAAGUACAAUUAAUAACUACUCCUGUUCUGCUGCUGUUGUUGCCUUGGGAAUACUUUCUAAUAUUUUAUCAAUAUACUUGGCAUAUAUAUUAUAUGUACUUAAUAAUAUUUGUAUAGUGUGCUUUGGCUCAUACACCGUAAACGCAAUGAUUACAUUUUUUGCUAUUAAGGAGUUCCAUAAAUUAUUCAUUGAUGUUGCACGCAAAAAGAAGAUGAAAUAAAUUUAAAGAAUUUAAAUAAAUUUAAUUGCAAUUCUUGCAACUGACCAAGAUGAUAUUAUAAUAGUUUUUUU